AUGACUUAUUUCCAGUGUAAUCCAAGUAAUGAUAAUUCGUGUUGUCAAGGAAAUAACGUGUGCACUAAAAUUCCAAUCGAUCAUAGUGUAUACACUUUCGUUUGUUUGAAACCGUUACAUUUAGGAGAUUUUUGCGAAGAAAAUAUCGAUUGUUUAGUGUUAGGUAAAGCAACAUGUCAUGAAGGUCACUGUCACUGUUUGCCUAAUAAUGGAAUUCCGAAUAAAGGAACAAAAUGUUUGCCACUUAUAGGAGGAACUUGUUUGACAAAUACUGACUGCACAGUGGAAAAUACUAUAUGUGUUGAUAAGGAGUGCCAAUGCAAAGAUAAAUAUAUAGCUAUCAAUAAUAACCAAUGCAAACUAUCAACAUUAGGAAAAAAAUGCCGAGGUGAUUUGAACUGUAAUGAUCAAUUGCAUAUGAAAUGCUCAAAAAGUGAUAUAUGUAGAUGUAAAAGUAAUUAUACUAUGAUAGAUAAUAUAAAGUGUGUACCGCUUUUGGAAGAAUUUUGUUGGAGUGGUGAAAAAUGUGCACGGAAAAUUGAAGUGGCAUUGACUGAAUGA